UAGCCUGUAGCAUUCGCAAUCAGUCCGUCGAGUUUACUGGUCACGAACGAUUUUUGAGUCGGAUUCCUCCCGAGAGAGCGCACAGUUCUUUAUCAGCUAUCAGUUAUUAGUCGUCUUAUAGUUACAUUAAAGUGUAAUUCAUUUAAAUCAAUCAAGAAGUCAAUCAAAGCAAGUGCAAAAUGGCAUUGUCCAAGAUCGAUACGAUCGAUACGGAAAUGGAGCAAGUGAAUCAGGAGAAAUACUUGCGUCAGGCUACCCAGUAUUAUUGUGCGUUGGAGAAACCCCUAAAGUAUGGACCAGUUAUCGAAACGCUGCCAGAUUUAAUCAGCGCACUGCAUCGGGAAUUUGAGUCGAACUACGUUAACAUCGAGAUGGUCAAUCACAUUAUGUUGUCCUAUAAAUCGAAUCCCAAGGAGUGGCGCAAGUAUGCCAAAUUCGAUCGUUACACAUACACAAGGAAUCUGGUUGAUGCCGGAAAUGGCAAGUUCAAUCUACUGAUCCUCUGCUGGGGUGAAGGUCACAGCUCGUCUGUGCACGAUCAUGCGGACUCGCAUUGCUUCAUGAAGAUGCUCAAGGGAGACUUGCGGGAGAAACGUUAUCGUUAUCCCAACCGUCCCGGGGCCAUUGAGCGAGAGCAGCCUCAGGAUCAUCAUGCCGAGAUCGAUGAUAAUGAGCUCGUUGAGAUCGGUGAAACACCCAUUCCCCUCAAUGACGUGGCCUACAUAAAUGAUAACUUGGGUCUGCAUCGCGUGGAGAAUCCCAGUCAUUCAGAUACUUCGGUCUCCUUGCAUCUGUAUUGUCCUCCUUUCGACACGUGCAGCGUGUUCCAGGAUAACUGCAAGAAGACCACGGCUAAGGUGACAUUCUGGAGUAAAUACGGCGUGAGGACCAAGUUGGAUGAACAAUAAACAAAUCUACAGCGCACUCCACUAAUUGUUAUCUAAUGUUUAAGGUUCUUGCUAUUAUUAGAUGUUUAGAAACUCAAUAGAGAAACGGGUUUCCUCUAUUUACAUAUGUAUACUAUAGAUAAGAUUAGCUAUACCAAAAAAAAAAUUAAGAUU